AUGAAUAUCUUAGUACUCUUGUCGCUUUUGCUCUUCAUUCCGUUCAUUUUCUUCCUAAUCUUCCUCGCCCUGUCGUCCUGCAUGGGCGACGGCUUCCGCGCCCGGAUCUCAGGCAUGUCCAUCAAUCCACGACACGGCUCGUAUGGGCGCGGUUACGCCCGAGGCCUUGGUUCAGGCGCCGGCAGCGCAGGAUGGGAGCAGAUCGAAAUGGAGGACAUGAUGGGCGAAGACAGCUCCGAUGAUGAUGUUCCUCACGGACGCUGA